AUGUACGAUUUGCUUUCUGAAUUAUUCCGUUACCUCUUCAGCUACCAGGAAAUCCGAGUCCAAUACAUCCGCAACCAAGAAACCCUUAUUCACAAUUUUGAAGCUGAAGUGUUUCAUUUUGAAACCAUAUUUGAAGAUGCUAAGAAGCGACUCCAUGAAGCUAAGUCUGCCAAUAAAGCUACUCUUAAUGGGAUCAGUUUGGCAGAGUUUGAAGCGUAUCUUAAUCAGGGCAAAACCUUACUUGAAGAGCAAAAGAAGCUAAACCUUUCCUUCAAAGAAAAGAUUGAGGACGCAAAACGUUUUAAACUGAACACUUUGGUUGUGCACAGCCUGAUUGAAUGA